AUGAGCAGUAGACACGAGGGCGGCGGCCAUGGCGCCGCCGCGGCGGCGGCGGGAGGAGCUGGCGUGGGGAGUAUCAAGGAGGGCGGCGGCCGGGACGCGCACGAGGACGACCUGGUCAUGCCGGGGUUCCGGUUCCACCCGACGGAGGAGGAGCUCAUCGAGUUCUACCUCCGCCGCAAGGUGGAGGGCAAGCGCUUCAAUGUCGAGCUCAUCACCUUCCUCGACCUCUACCGCUACGACCCCUGGGAGCUCCCAGCGCUGGCGGCGAUUGGGGAGAAGGAGUGGUUCUUCUACGUGCCGAGGGACCGCAAGUACCGGAACGGGGACAGGCCCAACCGGGUGACGGCGUCGGGGUACUGGAAGGCGACGGGGGCGGACAGGAUGAUCCGGGCGGAGAACAACCGCUCCAUCGGGCUCAAGAAGACGCUCGUCUUCUACUCCGGCAAGGCGCCCAAGGGCGUCCGCAGCAGCUGGAUCAUGAACGAGUACCGCCUCCCCACCGCCGACACCGACCGAUACCACAAGACAGAAAUCUCUCUCUGCCGCGUCUACAAGCGCACCGGCAUCGACGACGGCCGUGGCCACCCCUCCUCGGCGCGGUCGACGAUGCCCUCCCGCCGCGGCGCUGAGGCACGACAGGACAACAGACAAGGGUCAUCGUCGACGUCCACGCCCACGCCGCCGCCGACUCCAUCCAAGCUCCAACUUCUACAAGCAGGCGAGUGCACGUCGCCGCCGGCGCCCAUGACCGAUCACGCCCAAACGCACAGGCCGGCGGCUCCAAGGCAGCAGCUAGCAGCCGCCGUCAAGCCCUCAGGUGGCUCAUUAGGAUACCUACAGUCAACCGCGGCGGCCGGCGAACAUCAUCAGCAGGAGGGAGCCGCGGCUUUGCUUUACCAGCAGUACUCCAAGAGCACAAACACCUUCGCUUCCACGUACUCGCUGCUCAACCUGGUGAACGCGGCCUCCAUGGGCGUCGCCUCCGCCGCGGCCAUCGACGAGCUGAGCACGCUGGUGGGCCACGGCGCCACCCAGCUGCCGUCCUACCACAGCCCCGCGUCGUCCGGCGGCCACCACGACCACUUCGUCGUUCCCCUGCCGGCGCCGCCGUCGCAGCCAAUUACGCCGCUGGGGACGCUGCCGAUGUCGCUGGCCGCCAUCUCCGACAAGAUCUGGGACUGGAACCCGAUCCCCGACGCGGCGGCGGGCAGAGAUUACGGUGGCGCCGGCUUCAAGUGA